AUGUAUCUUUUAGAGAUGAAAAGCCCGGGCGAAUUCAGCCUGAUCUAUGUUGCCACCCAUGAUACCCUUCCCUACGCAAUCCUUUCACAUACUUGGACAGAUCAAGAGGUCACAUAUAAAGAUCUAAUAAGUGGUACUGGGAAAAGCAAGUCUGGCUACAAAAAGAUCAAGUUUUGUGGAGAACAAGCGGCUAAAGAUGGCCUUCGAUAUUUCUGGGUGGACACUUGUUGUAUUGACAAGUCGAAUCUUACUGAGCUUUCGAAGGCUAUUAAUUCUAUGUUCCGCUGGUAUCAAAAUGCGAAGAAAUGCUAUGUAUAUCUCACGGAUGUAUCGACCCCUGGCGAUGAUUUAUAUGUCCAAGCAAACCAGAGCACAUGGGAAGUAGCCUUUCGGAGUAGUAGAUGGUUUACUAGAGGCUGGACACUUCAAGAACUUAUUGCUCCAGCGGAAGUCGAAUUCUUCUCUCAAGAGCACAAGCUACUUGGUGACAAAAGGUCACUCGAAAAACUAAUUUAUGAGAUUACCCGAAUUCCAUUUCAGGCUCUACGAGGGGAUCCUUUCUCUGAUUUUAGUAUCGCUGAGCGGAAAAGAUGGGUAGCACAACGCCAGACAACCGAAGAAGAAGACCUGGUUUACUGCCUGUUAGGCCUCUGCAAGGUGUCUAUGCCACCAAUCUAUGGCGAGGGAAAGGAGGUCGCACUGAAAAGGCUCGAAAUGACAGUCAAGGGGUUCUCCACUAACGAGAGCGAGCCGAAAGAUCUUAAAGAUAAUACCGCUUCAUUUAUUGUCCCAUUCGGCAGAAAUCUCAACUUUACCGGUCGUGGAACGCAGCUUACCGAGGUGGAAGCAAAACUAUUUACAGGAGGUCGAGUGACGAAAGUUGCCAUCACAGGGCUCGGGGGAAUAGGCAAGACCCAGCUGUUGCUUGAACUUGUCUACCGAAUAAGGGAUAGAUAUAAGGAUUGCUUAGUGAUCUGGAUACCCGCAACCAAUACGGAAAGUCUUCAUCAAGCAUAUCGAGAAGUUGCCCGCCAACUCAAGAUCCCCGGCUCGGACGAGGAUAAGGCCGAUGCAAAGAAACUCGUGCAAAAUUACCUGAGCAAAGAAAGCGCAGGCCGGUGGCUCUUAGUUUUCGAUAAUGCUGACGAUGUCAAUAUGUGGAUCACCGUAUCUAGGUCAGGAUCUGGCCGUCUAAUCGACUGCCUCCCACGAAGUGAGCAAGGAUGUAUCGUCUUCACAACGCGCGACAGAAAGACUGCCGUUAAGCUUGCACACCAAAAUAUCGUAGAGGUACCAGAGAUGGGCGAAGACGUAGCGAUACAGCUGCUCCAGAAGUGUUUAGUUGAUCCAGAUCUGGUUAACAAUAGACCAGAUACAACGGCCCUACUAAAAGAGCUCACAUACCUUCCACUUGCUAUUGUUCAGGCAGCAGCAUAUAUUAACGAGAAUGGGAUUGCGUUCGCGGAUUAUCUAUCCCUCCUUGCAGAGCAAGAAGAGGAUGUUAUUGAUCUCCUUAGCGAGGAGUUUGAAGACGACGGGAGAUACGAUAAUAUAAAAAACCCUGUGGCUACAACAUGGCUCAUCUCGUUUGAACAGAUACGGUAUCGGGACCCUCUUGCAGCCGACUACCUAUCGUUUAUGGCAUGUAUAGACCCCAAGGAUAUUCCCCAGUCUCUUCUUCCGGCAGGAAGGUCUCGAAAAAAGGAGAUAGAUGCAAUUGGGACACUUGACGCUUACUCGUUUAUUAUUAAGCGAGUGGCAGACCAAGCUCUUGAUCUUCACCGACUAGUGCAUCUCGCAACGAGAAAUUGGCUUCAGCAAAAUGAUCUGAUCACCCAAUGGACCGAAAGGGCGAUUAUACGAUUAGAGGAAGUAUUCCCAGACGAUGACCACCAAAAUAGAACUACAUGGAGGACGUAUUUGCCACACAUGGGGAAACCCGGAUUGCUCUGUCGCGGAGAUUUGGGGCGUGUCUCCUUAGUGAUGGACGAUAUAAUGAGGCUGAGGGCAGGAGCAUCCAGACACGCUGACCAGCAUGGCCAACUUGGCUUCGACAUACCGGAAUCAAGGACGCUGGAAGGAGGCCGAAGACUUGGAUGUGCAAGUGAUGGAGACGAGAAAAAGGGUGUUAGGGCAGGAGCAUCCAGACACGCUGACCAGCAUGGCCAACUUGGCUUCGACAUUUUGGAAUCAGGGACGCUGGAAGGAGGCCGAAGACUUGGAUGUGCAAGUGAUGGAGACGAGUUUGAGGGUGUUAGGGCAGGAGCAUCCUUCCACGCUGACCAGCAUGGCCAACUUGGCUUCGACAUACCAGAAUCAAGGACGCUGGAAGAAGGCCGAAGACUUGGGGGUGCAAGUGAUGGAGACGAGUUUGAGGGUGUUAGGGCAGGAGCAUCCAGAUACGCUGAUCAGCAUGGCCAACUUGGCUUCGACAUACCGGAAUCAGGGACGCUGGAAGGAGGCCGAAGACUUGGAGGUGCAAGUGAUGGAGACGAGAAAGAGGGUGUUAGGGCAGGAGCAUCCUUUCACACUGACCAGCAUGAAUAA